AUGAUGGAAAGAACAAUGCUACGCCCUUUACACGGAUUUACACUGCUCCUUCGAUCGAGGCCCUUCGUGGCCAAAUUCGGACCUGGAGUCGCCACCGCAGCAUACAUUCAACACCCAAAUCCAGGUAACUUUGCAAACCGAUCACAAGAAGAGCUGUCGGCCAUCGGUCACCAGGGUGGAAAGAAAGGUGGAAAAGCUCGAGCUACUGGCGGGUUCCAUAAUAUGGACCCGAAGAAGCAACGCGGAAUUACAUCGAAAGGUGGGCGUGCCACGGAAAAGGCGGCUGCAAAAUUUGAGGAGGCUUUGGAGGAAACAAAGACACGGCCGACACUAUUUGGGAGCCCUUCAGAGGAGCCGUCGGUUGUGCCACCAGCUUAUCCACAAUGGAAGACCAGCUCAUAA